UUUCAAACAGCAAUGGAAAUGACCCUCGCGGCUCCCUGUACUUGGUCGGCGGCCCGCGAAGUUUCGGCGAGAGCGGCUGGUUUCCAGGGCGACUCCUGCAAACACAACGCGGGUUCCUCGGCUACCGGGAGCGAGCAGGGCCAUUUUGUGCAGCGCGGGGAGACGCGGAGCUGAGAGAGGGGAAGAAGGCGGGCGCCGCGUAGGGUGAACUCGAGUUUCAGUUGCCGCCCAAUACAUGACUAAAAAUGAUUGACUCAGUCAAAGUAAGAAGACAGUGCAGCUUGGAUUUUUACUCUCAUUAUGAGCACCUUUGUUCAGUUCAGGGCUGUGUCCCUCUACAAUCUGUAAAAGCUAGAAGGCUUCUUGGUGUUCUUGAUCUAAAUGCAGAUCGCAUCAAACCUCCUGAUUGGGUACCUCUCUUGGAUGCUAUCAGGCACAACAAAACUUUGACUUCUAUUGCCAUAAGAAGCUUUCAUCAUCAGGGAAAUAGAGACUCAGGUGUUGAAAAGCAGGGAACAUAUAUUGUAAGAAGGAGAAUUCCAGCAAUUCGAUCCAAAGACUUUACUGCUCAACUAUGUAAAGCUAUUAAAAGUUGUCUGAUGAGAUCAAGUGCUCUAGUAAAUUUGGAACUACAGGGACUGCUUUUGAGGGAAAAAGACUUAAUAUUACUGACAAAAGGGUUGGCUAACACAUCAUCUCUAGAGAGACUGUCUUUAGCAGACUCACCAAUUGGUGAUGGAGGUUUGGAAAUGAUUUGUCAGAGUGUGAAGAAUUCAGCUUGCAUCAAAACUAUAGAUUUUACAGGGUGCAGUUUGACAUGGCGAGGAACCCAACACAUGGCCAACAUUUUAAAGCACCAGGCACUGAAAAGACACAGUGAAGCUUGGGCUGAGAGCCUGCGCUAUAGGAGACCUGAUUUGGACUGCAUGGCUGGCUUAAGGCGCAUUACUCUCAACUGCAACUCACUUAUUGGUGACCGAGGUGCUGGUGUUUUAGCUGAAUGCCUUGGAGAAGACCUAUGGUUAAAAGCACUUGAUUUGCAGCAGUGCGGAAUUACCAAUGAGGGAGCUAGAUCACUUUUGGAUAUAUUUGAGACCAACAAAACAAUUGUGGUUCUAGACAUCAGGAAAAAUCCAUUAAUAGAUCAUGCUUUAAUGAAGACAAUAAUUGAAAAAGUUCUGAUGAAUGCAAAUGGAAGUAACAUGGAGUAUAAGUGGCUUCCAUCUCCACCCUCAAAAGACCUUAAAAAUAAACCUAAAAAAAGAACAGUUGUCUUAGGAAAUGGCAGAAAAGGAAAAGCUACUAUUCGUAUUGGGUUUGCAUCAAAAAAGCUCUUAAGUCCUAGUAAGACAGUGCUGUGUGAUCAAGACAGCUAUGUUCCAAAGCCCUUGCCUCCAGGAGCACGUGGCUUCCUGCCUUGGCGUACUGCUGAACGUGCAAAACAGCACAGGGCUGCAUCUAGGAAGAGUACUCAUGAAAUUCCAUUGCAAAUCCAGGCUGGCAUUCCAGUGAAAGUAACUGUGGAAAGUGCGUCUUCAUCUGAAACGGAGACAGAUGGUGCUGCAGAGGAUGUUAUAUGUGAAACUGAUGCCACAAAGUCACCAGAAAUAAAGUUAAAACAGUACCAUCAGUUACAGAUGGAUUAUGAAAAAUGUCAAUUAAGAUUAAAAGAAGAACGAAGAGAGAGGGCAACUGCUGAAGAACGGAUAAUGGAGCUGGAACUAGAAAACACCCGCUUACGGAAUCUAAACUGCUCUUUGUCAGAGGUCCUCCAUGCACAGUCAGUCGCCAGCACAAUUCUUGAAGAUGAAGGAGUUUUGGGCAGCAUUGAGAGUUCUUUCCAAAAGUUUCAUGCUUUUUUAGAUCUUCUAAAAGACGCAGGACUUGGACAGCUUGCAGCAAUGGCUGGUAUAGAUCAAUCAGAUUUUGGCUUAUUUGCCCAUCCUCAAAUGACUUCUACUGUAGCUAAACCAGCAGUAACAGAAAGGGAGAAGUCAUUUGAAGAAGAAAGACAAGAACACAUGGAGAAUUUCAAAAAUGCUGGUUCAGCUGUUAUUCCUGAUCCCAUCUGCUUCCAGACUGAUUUAGCUCCAUUUCAAAUUGCAAAUAAUGUCCUAGCUGCUGCAACAGAAGGACAAGAACUUCAGGGCAUUGGGCAGCCCAAUAAAAGUUUAUGGCAAGACUUUGAAGGUGAAGUUGAAAGUUGGAGAAUGGAAGAAAAUCCAUCAAAAAUCAGCCAGGCAGCAUCUUCUGAGAAGAGCAGCCAACCUGUGGAACUGGAAGCAAGAGGGUCCUCUGUAAGGCAACAAGUUGCUAGUUGGCAUUCAGUCUCUGAUCCCAGUGCAAAUGUGUAUAGUAGCAAAUUCAGCAAUCUUUCUAGUGAAAAUGGUAAAGUUUCCUCAAAAAGACUUCCCUAUAUUGCAAGCUUUGUUGCUGGAGAUCAAAGUGUACAUCAAACAGAUCUUUCUAGAAAUGACACAGUAGGUUCUGAUUCUGAAAUACAAGAAAGCAUCCAUUCUAUGGGAGGUAUUUAAAAAACCAAAACAUUCCUAUUGGGGAGUUCACUUCACGGGUCUUGGAGAUAAAUGCAUGCUUCAAAAACUUUAUGCAGGACUUUGUGCAUCUAUGUCAUGCCUAACUUCUUGCAGUGUAAAUCUUAGCAAGAAUACUCGCUGGCAGUAUCCAAAAGGAUUGUGCGUUUUACUUUUUAUAUUGUUUUAUAAAUGAUCCCAUGUGAUUCCGAUAAUUCUUGUGCAUAA